UUAGUUCUUCCUCUGAAAACCUGCCAGAUGAAUUUCCAGAGCUGGCUUGCCUUCCCAGUGGGGGUAUUGCUGUGCUGUGCUCUUCAGACAUCUGCUGUUCAACAUCCUGCAUCUCACAACUGCACCAACAAUGGUCAAAGAAUAUCCUUCAGCCACUCCUACAAGAUUGACAUGCCCACGUCCUCCCAGAUUAAGGUGGAAGCAGAUCCAUUACAGCAUGCAGACAACAGUGGGGUGCAGCUAGGUCCUGGGGAGACUGAGGAAAAUGAAGAGCAGAAUAUAAUCUUUAGGCACAACAUCCACAUUCGUGCACCCAAAGGGGACUGUGAAACUUUAACCCACAUAAGGGGUCUGUUUGAAAGAAUGGAGAAGCUUGAGAAAGAAGUGGCAGAGCUGAGAGAAGUUUGCGGCCCCCAGAAGUGCUGUGGGGGAAGCCAGGGCGUCUCGCAUUGCAGCGGCCACGGGACUCCUGUCCACCAGACUUGCAGCUGUAAGUGUGCCGAGGGCUGGGAGGGCAGUGACUGCUCCCGCCCCACCUGCCCCAGCCACUGCAGCGGCCACGGGCGCUGCGAUGGUGGGAAGUGUAUCUGUGAUGAGCCUUACUUUGGUGAGGACUGCAGCCAGCAGCUCUGUCCUGAGAACUGCAGCGGCAACGGGGUCUGUGACGCAGCUGAAGGGGUCUGCCGGUGCCACGAGGAGUUCAUCGGAGAGGACUGCAGCGAGAAACGAUGUCCUGGGGACUGCAGUGGCAAUGGGUUCUGUGACACAGGAGAGUGCUACUGCCACGAUGGCUUCUUUGGCCUUGACUGCUCCCAGGUGGUUGCUCCUCAAAACCUGCAGCUGAUGAACUCCACAGAGAACUCUCUGGCUGUCAGCUGGGAUCCAGUGAUUGAUGUGGAUAAUUACUUCAUUAGCUAUUAUCCAGUAGGGUAUGAGGGGCUGGUGAAACAAGUCCGUGUGUCCAAAGAGCAGCUCAGCUGUGAGAUUGUGGGUCUCCGCCCUGGCACCACUUACAAUGUCACACUUCAUCACCUGAAGAAGGGGAUUGCCAGUGAGCCCAAGUAUCUAGAAGCAAGUACAGUCCUGUCUGCACUCAGUGCCAUCUGGGUGACGGAGGAGAUGGAACACUCCCUGGAAGUGGAGUGGGAGAACCCACCAACAGAUGUGGAUUAUUACAAGCUGAAGUUCAGAUCCCUGAUGGGGAUGGAUGAGAAGCAGGUCAUGGUGCCCAAAAGCAAUGACCCUAAGAGCAGACACAUCAUGACUGGCCUGAAACCUGGCACAGAGUACGAGGUCACUGUCAUACCUGUGAAAGAUGAUACAGAGGGGAAACCAUCCUCAGUGAGUGGUAGGACUGGAGUUGAUAGCCCAACCAAUGUGGCUACUGACCGAGUGACAGAAGGUACAGCCACUGUCUCAUGGAAUAAAGUUGAGGCUUCCGUAGACAGGUACAUGGUGAGAUACACCUCAGCUGAUGGGGACACCAAGGAAAUAGAGGUGGGGAGUGAAAAUGAUGUCAUCACCUUACUGGAUCUGAAGCCAGGCAUGGAAUAUAUCAUCCACAUCUGGGCAGAGAAGGGCCCCCAGAGGAGCAAGAAGGCAAGCACCAGAGCUGUGACAGACAUUGACAGCCCGACUCAGCUGCUGACUGAUCAAGUGACAGAGAAUGCAAUUACUGUUUCCUGGAACAAAGUCCAGGCUUCAAUAGACAGAUACAGAGUGAGCUACACCUCCGCUAAUGGGGACACAGAGGAGAGAGAGGUGGAGAAAGACAAGAAUGUCACUGCCUUGGUAGGACUGAAGCCAGGCAUGGAGUAUGUCAUUUAUAUCUGGGCAGAAAAGGGAGAGCAACAGAGCAAGAGGGCCAGCACUGAGGCUCUGACAGAAAUUGACAGCCCAGCUCACCUGGUGACUGACCAAGUGACAGAGGACACAGCCACCAUCUCCUGGGACAGGGUCCAGGCUCUCAUAGAUAGGUACGUGGUGAACUACACCUCUGUUGAUGGUGACACAGAGGAGAUGGAAGUGGGAAAGAAUGAGACUACCACGACUCUGACAGGACUGAAACCUGGCAUUGAAUAUGCCAUCUUCCUCUGGGCAGAGAAGGGAAACCGGCAGAGCAAGAGGAUCAGCACUGAGGCAGUGACAGAAAUGGACAGCCCAAAGAAUCUGGUGACUGACCAAGUGACAGAGGACUCGGCUACCAUUUCCUGGGAUAGUGUCCAAGCUCCCAUUGACAGGUAUAUGGUGAGCUACGCUUCUGCUGAUGGGGACACCAAAGACAUCGAAGUGGGGAAGGACAGGAGCGUUACCACCCUGACAGGACUGAAACCAGGCAUGAAGUUCACCAUCCAUCUCUGGGCAGAGCGGGGAAGCAAGCAGAGCAAGAGGGCAAGCACUGACAUGCUGACAGAGAUUGAUCCUCCCAAGAACCUCCGUGUAUCAAAUGUGACUCAUUCUACUGGUGUGGUUACCUGGACUCCUCCUGCAGCACAGAUUGAUGGCUACGCUCUGACCUACCGAGGUCAAGAUGGCACAAGCAAGGAAGUACAGCUGGGUCCUACCGAACAACGGUUUGUGCUGGAAGGACUGGAACAAGGAGUGAGCUAUACCAUCUUCGUGAUGGCCUAUAAGGGAGAUCUCCAGAGCAGAAAGACAGACGGUACCUUCUCAACGGUUGGCUUCCUCCACCCGUACCCCGCGGACUGCAGCCAGACGCAGCGCAACGGGAACGCCCCCAGCGGCACGUACACCAUUUACCUGAACGGGGAUGGCAGCAGGCCCAUGCAGGUGUACUGUGACAUGACCACUGAUGGAGGCGGGUGGAUAGUGUUUCAGAGGCGGAGCACUGGUGAGGUGGAUUUCUACAGACGCUGGAAAAAUUAUGUGGAAGGCUUUGGAGAUCCCACUGGGGAAUUUUGGCUUGGCCUUGACAAGCUGCACAAUCUCACAAGCAGCAGCCCCAUCCGCUAUGAGCUCCGAGUGGAUUUGAGGACAGCCAGUGAAUCUGUCUAUGCUGUCUAUGACUUCUUCCAGGUCGCCUCGAGCAGGGACAGAUACAGGCUAUCAGUGGGGAAUUACAGAGGCAACGCUGGGGAUGCGAUGACCUACCACAACGGCUGGAAGUUCACAACGUGGGACAGGGACAAUGACGUGGCUCUCAGCAACUGUGCUCUGACACACCAUGGUGCGUGGUGGUAUAAGAACUGCCACUUGGCCAACCUCAAUGGGAAAUACGGGGAGAGCAAGCACAGCGAGGGUGUGAACUGGGAGCCGUGGAAAGGCCAUGAAUUCUCCAUCCCUUUUACCGAGAUGAAGAUCCGUCCUGAGUCUUCCAGUAAUGAGCCAAUCCUGGGGAGGAAGAAGAGGUCUCUGUUGGAGAAGAGGAAGAAGAUCAGGGCUUAAACUGAACUCUGUGCAGGACAGUACCCAAAGAUAAUGAUCCACUGUUUGUUAACAAAGUUACAUCCAGACAGCUGUCUCCAAUACAUUGGAGACAAUUGCUGACCAAGGUGCACCCAGAGAGCUCGGGAUCCACAGCCCAGCCUGCUUCCAGCCUUUGGAGCUCCUGAUGGGUGAUCUGCCAGAGACUGGGAGGGGGCUUGUGGGGAGCAUCCCACUUGUAGCUCCCCUGGUUGGCUAAACAUGACAAGGACCUGCUUGAUCCAAUAUAUGCAACUUCCAUGAACUUUACAUAAAAAAAGCUCUAACACACGCCGUUCUUUCUGAAAAACCGGGCUGCUGACGCCUCUCUUAAUUCUGUCCUUUUCUGAUGCCAUCCACUUCAGAUUUAAAAAACCUAAAUUUGAACCCACUAAAAAUUAAUAGCUCUCUAAUCUACAUCAGAGAGAGCUUUUCUGAGACUAUCCCUUCUCCCUGUCUUGAUCUGUGGUCCACUUUUCCUUUCCUCUGGUCAUUUGGGGCACAUUCGCUACUCUUCCUGCAGUCAAAGAACUGGAAUUUGGGAAAUGUUGUUAGGCUGCUGGCAAGGCUUGUUAAACCAGGUGAGGUUUGUAGCCUGUGUUCCUCAAAUUCCAGCAUCCCAUCUCUCCAGGUUGAAAUCCUGCUCUCUUGUCUUCCAGCCUAAAGAGACGUGCAGUAAAUAAUGUUCACACUCCUAGGUGCGGCCCAGAACAGGGUGAGGGUAAGGGCUAUACCCCUCUGAGCUCCGCUCACCAUCCCAAACCUGCCUUUGCAUACUGCUUGCCUAGGAGGCUGCUUACAGACCAUGAACAAAAUUCUCUACGUAACUGUCCCAUCUGCUGCCUUCUUCUUUUUCAUUAGCAGUGUGGUAGCUAGUGAUGCUGAAAUGAUAACGCUUGUCAUCCACCUCUACAACGAGCAUCUCGGAGUUAAACCGACCUUGCAUGCUCUCCCUCAGGCCCCGGUGCAUGAUUUCACAUUUGGCUGCUUUUUUUCCUCACAGCCACAAAGGUGAGUUUUAUUUUCUUUCCCUGAGCAGACAUUAACAUUCUGGACCACCAGCUGCAGCCAGGGAAGAAGUAUGAACUCACCAAAUGAUGCUUGCUCAAAGGCUUCCUUGUCUCAGCAGAUUGGAACAUGACUGUCCUAUGUCUUAAUGACCUUUCUUAUCCCUGCUAAGCGGAGUAAUACAUUUUAAAGAAUCCUUCCCAGACUUUGGGGGAAGUAAUAAAAUUGCAGAUAGCUCUUAAAA